AUGUCUGCGCCGGAUGACCUUGACCUUGACCGGCUCUCUCCUGAUGAGAGAAGUGUGUUGGAUAUAUAUACAUCUGUCACAGGACAGGACCUAGCAGAGGCUAUUCCACUACUGCGCCGCUCUCAAUGGAAUGUUCAGAUUGCCAUCGCAAAGUUCUUCGAUGGUGAAGGCCCAGAUCCCCUGGAGGAAGUCCGUGCGGCACUUCCUGAAUCCCCUCCACGAUCGACUCGUCGAACCCAGAACCUGAUGACCGACGACAUCACGGCACAGCUGGCACCUGCCGCGCGUUCCACGGAUCUUGCCUCCCGAAUCGAUACACAACCAGAGGAACAACACAUUUAUCGCCCUCCUUUCAUCCUUUCACUAUUGUUUACACCGUUUAAUCUUGUCUAUCGGAUUCUCUUUAGCUCAUUUCGUCUGUUCGGAACCCUGUUCCCCUUCCUACCCCGGAUUUUCAACGUGACGGCCAAUCCUGCACUGCAAGGAGCACGACGCAAUACUACAGGUCGCAGGCCACUUGGCCCCAAGGAUACGGCAGCUCGCUUCAUACGGGAAUUUGAAGAGGAACAUGGACCGCACCAGAUCCCGUUUAUGGAGAAUGGAUACAACAUGGCAUUGGAGAAAGCCCAUCGGGACCUGAAGUUCUUGCUGGUUAUUCUCAUGUCGCCGGAGCAUGACGACACAAGCGAUUGGGUACGGGAUACACUUCUCGUGCCGGAAGUUGUAGAGUUCUUCAACGACCCGCAGAACAACAUUAUUGUGUGGGGUGGUAACUUGCGAGACUCCGAGGCAUACCAAGUUUCCAGCUCAUUGAAGUGCACCAAGUUCCCUUUCGCCGCUGUCAUCGUGCACACCCCGAACGUGUCCUCGACAGCCAUGUCAGUUGUUAGUCGUAUCGCAGGUCCCACCACCACGACGGAAUUUAUGAGCCGACUCCGAACUGUCACUACUUCGAACCAGGAACCAUUGGAGCGCAUCCGGUCUACACGCGCCGAACAAACUGCUUCUCGGAGUCUACGUGAGCAGCAAGACUCGGCCUAUGAGCGGUCGCUGGCGAUCGAUCGAGAACGAGCCCGUCAACGUCGCGAGGCCGAGGCUCUUCAACAGAGGGAGGAGCAAGAGGCAGCAGACCGUCAAGCUGCUGAAGAAAAGAGGGAACGUGAUCUGGCACAGUGGAAACUAUGGCGCGCACAGUCUCUCUCUGCAGAGCCUGGAACGGAAGUUAAGGAAGCAGUGCGCAUUAGUGUGCGACUACCAUCCGGAGAGCGAAUCAUGCGUCGGUUUGCACCCGAGACAGAAAUGGAAGAGCUCUACGCAGUAGUGGAGUGCCACGAGGUCCUACAACAGACGGAUAAAUCUACGGACGUAUCCGAGCCAGAAGGCUUCGAGCACCAAUAUGGGUUCAGAUUGGUUUCACCCAUGCCUCGGGCCGUUUAUGCUGUGGAAGACGGCGGGACUGUCCAAGAAAAAAUAGGGCGGGGAGGUAAUCUGUUGGUGGAGCCAAUUGAGGAGGAUGACAGCGAGGAUGAGAAAGAAGCUGUCACAUAG